GAGCGCGCGCAGGGCGAUUGGCUCCGGGCCAGAGUGGGUGGUGCACGUAGGUCCGGCCUAUAAAGUGCCCGCGGCGCUCUCGCUUGGGUUUGCGCCGUUCUCUUCUGCAGCGUCUGUGGUUUCUCUGGCAGUCGUUGGAACCCGGAUCCAGGCGUGGCCUCGCGAGUGAUGGCGAUGAAGGCGGUGUGCGUGUUGAAGGGCGACGGCCCGGUGCAGGGCACCAUCAAUUUCGAGCAGAAGGAAAGUAAUGGACCAGUUAAGGUGUGGGGAAGCAUUACAGGAUUGGCUGAAGGCCUGCAUGGAUUCCAUGUUCAUCAGUUUGGAGACAACACACAAGGCUGUACCAGUGCAGGUCCUCACUUUAAUCCUCUAUCCAGAAAACAUGGUGGGCCAGAGGAUGAAGAGAGGCAUGUUGGAGACCUGGGCAAUGUGACUGCUGGUAAAGAUGGUGUGGCCAGUGUGUCAAUUGAAGAUUCUGUGAUCUCACUCUCAGGAGUCCAUUCCAUCAUUGGCCGCACGUUGGUGGUCCAUGAAAAAGCAGAUGACUUGGGCAAAGGUGGAAAUGAAGAAAGUACAAAGACAGGAAACGCUGGAAGUCGUUUGGCUUGUGGUGUCAUUGGGAUCGCCCAGUAAACAUUGCCCUGGAUGUAGUCUGAGUCCCAUUAACUCAUCUGUUAUCCUGGCUAGCUGUAGAAAUGUAACUUGACAUUAAACACUGUAAUCUUAAAAGCGUCA